CCGCACGAUGAAGUGGAUGUUCAAGGAGGACCACGCGCUGGAGCACAGAUGUGUCGAGUCGGCAAAAAUCCGAGCCAAAUACCCUGACCGUGUCCCGGUCAUAGUGGAGAAGGUCUCAGGAUCUCAGAUUGUUGAUAUUGACAAGAGGAAGUACUUAGUUCCAUCUGACAUCACCGUGGCCCAGUUCAUGUGGAUCAUCAGGAAGAGGAUUCAGCUGCCAUCUGAGAAAGCAAUAUUCCUCUUUGUAGACAAGACUGUCCCACAAUCCAGCUUAACUAUGGGACAACUUUAUGAGAAGGAAAAGGAUGAGGAUGGCUUCUUGUAUGUUGCCUACAGUGGAGAGAACACAUUUGGCUUCUGAAUGUGCGUCAGCUGUUCCAGUGCAAAGGAGUGAUACAAGCUUGGAACACCUCAACUGCUACCUUCCAGAGCAAUUCUUCCAAAGAUCUGCUAACAUUAUGAAAGUUUCAUUUGCUACCUCUUCCAAAAGCAGAGAUUGUGUUAUCUCUUCUCUGCAUUUUCCCUUCUGAUUUUUAGACCGGUUUCUCGGUACUGCCUACAGCAUUUCUUGACAUUUUGGAAUUAAACAGAUGCAGCAUUUAAAUACUUCUUUUCAGUCGCAGAAAUGCCAUCCAGUUGAGUAUAAGAUCCUGCAGGCUUAGCCCCUCAGCCUUUUAAAUGCUGCUUUGUUUUAGCUCCUUCCUUCUCUUCGCGUAUUCGUUGACUCACUCUAGGCUUAAAUAUGUCCUUAACUCCAUCCAAAAAGUGAGGUUAGUAUCAGUGUUCAGCACCUCUAUAACUACUUUUAAACCUGACAAGUAGCAGAAAGCAGCAGUCUACAGUUCACAAGUAUUUUACAAAUGCACAGGGAAAUCUUACCAGGAACAAUCUCUCCUAACAGCCAGGCUCAAAUUUUAGGAAAGAGUUAAAAGAAUUUAGAUCAUCUAACUGCUUAUCUGAAAACUAGUCUGAUGCCAAGACUACAGAAAAACUAGCCUUAUGUAACCCAUUUUAAUAUUGCAGCUGGAUAGGAAAUGGGAACAUUCCAGUCUGGUCAGCAGGUUCACUACAGACCUUGUUCAUUAACAAAGGGAAACUAGGUAUGUUAAGGUAUAGUUUCUGCAAGAUUUCAGGGAAGGACAAGGGUAAACUUCAGGAGCCUGGAAAUUUACUGGUUAUCUCUUUAAGUACAGUACAGGACUCUGCCCUUGGAAUGCCAUUUGCUCAAUUACAAUAACUGCUACCAUUUCUCCUCAGCAGUUCACCCUGUAGCCCAUCUGCAAUGGCAUCUGGCCAUUUUUCAUCCUCUGAUGACUAAUGCAAGUCACUGUUCUCCAUAAUCCCCUGCCCUCUACAAACACAUACAAUGAAUUCCUCCCUCACCAAUACAACUGGUCUUUCUGCAUGUUAGUGCUGGAUUUGAGAGGACAUACACACAGAAUUCAAGUUCUUUGUUAUUUCUUCAACAAGUAAGAGAGAACUAUUCUUAUUUGACGACAAGUCAACCCAAGUGUGAAGUAAAAAGAUUUCCUGUAAUCAAUUCUCAGACUGUAAUGUGAUAUGUACUAUUCAGUCCCAUAUAUAGCUCAGUAGGUUGGCUGUAGAGGCUGUUUGGAGAACUGCUGUGCCCAUUUUUUCAAAUCCAAACCUACAGUAAGGUACCAAAGAACAGAAAACUCAAAACACUACAGAAUUCUUAAGUUUAAAUUAUCCACUUCUUUCAUCCUGCCGUUGCCUUGCCCAAAUACUUUAUGAAUUGUAGUUUACAAUAGCAAAAGACAAAAGGGGAGUGUGCUCAGUAGCAGUUACAUAGUCCUGAACUUGCUCACAGAAAGCAAUAAUUGGGACAGAAAGUUUAAGGAGGAUUACCCGCUGCUUCCCCCCAGCUCGCAAUGUUGACUGUUUUGCCAUGCAGAUAUUAUUUGGUAAUAAAGCAUAAAGGCAAAGACUGCCAGAGACUACUUCCAGUCCCCCCCAAAGCAUCUCCACCUUUGCCAGGCUAGUAAUGAACACUUGCCAGGAAACAGUGACAUAAAUGGCUAAGGCAUCCCUGCUUUUAAUUAACCAUGUAUCACGGGGGGACAGGAGAACAGACAGUGCUUGAAACACUGAAAAGUAGGUAAAUGCUUGCCUGGAAUUACACAGGAUUGACAGGUUUGAACCAGGUAAUUCAGGAGGUUUCUUUCCUGCCCACAGAAGCAAAGCAGUUGAAGAGGUAUCUGGCAAAGUUCUGAAAUUAACAGAGAUGCACGGGAUAUCGUAAGUGGUAUUGUUUGACACAGCCUUCUCCCCAGCAUUCUUCUGCUUCUGCUUUGGCUAUAUUUAGUAAAUAGAAGCUUAUAUGAAGGACUUCCAGAAAAAAGACCCUUUAACAGAACUAGUAUUUCCAGUUAGAAGCAAUGGGGCUGGGGGACACAGAAAAUUCUUCCAGGCACCAGACAAGGAGAGCCAAGAGUUAUAAAAAUAUUACUUACUAUACAUUAGGGUUGUCCCAGCAACACAAAACCAACCAUAACAUUAUGAGGAGUGAAAGAAAAAAGCAGCACUAAAAUUUUACAAUGACAGCCUUUCUUCCAUAGCACUGCUUCAAUUUCAGUUGACAUUAUUUCCAUUGCAAUGGACUAUGGCUGAUAGAUCACGUCCUCAGACAACAGGAUAACACAUCACUACUUCCUUUUAUUUGGAGGCAUAUUGUUUCAUGCAGCUCAGAACUUUAAGUCUGCAACGAUCCUUUUCUGUAUUUCAAUAAAAAGGGGACUUCAGCUCAACAAAAAUAAAGACUUCUCUAAAUUGC